AAAUUACGCAUCCUGUAUUGCCAAAUGCAAAUGUGGUAUUGAUGGAUAAUGCAAAACAACUUCAUUUUCCUAAAAAAUUGUCUCGAGGUAAUAGUCGUGACUACCUAUAUAAUGAUCUUAUUGAUCUUCUUAAAGAAAAGGAAAUUAUUUUGGAGGUCUUUAAUUUGGCUGCUAUGAUGCGAAAAUAUGCUGAACAUUUACAAAAAUCUUUCCAGCUUACUAACAAUGCACAUCAUUCCACUGAAUUAGUUCGUACACCUAGUAAACAUUGCAAGCUUAAAAUAAUUUUAAGCCGUUUAAAAGUUGAUUCCAAAUAUGAAGAGUUAGAAAAGAACCUUGCUAAUAGGGAACUUUAUGAUUUUAUUAAAAUUUCCGAAUAUUUACGUGAGUUUGCUAUUUUGUAUAAAGAAUUUGUAUGCUUCAUUUUAGCUGAUGACAAACACAAAAUUCCAAUUGGGGAAAAAGUUCCCACGUCAACUGGAGUUCGAAAUCGACCAACUAUGGUUCCAGUUAAUAGUCAACUUUCUGCAUGCGAUCAUGAUUUUACCAAAUUAUCAAUUACUCCAUCACAAGAAGAGAUUUUUAAACAAUUAAAUAUUAUUGAGAAGAUUCGAAAAGCAGCUGAAAGCAAUGAACGUUUAAAAAUAGAAUUAAUAAAUAGUAUCGAAGAUAUUCAAACUCUAUUAUUUGAAAGAACUACACGACUAGUUUUAAAUAAUAAUUCAUUUAAAUGUUAUAAUUCUGUUUCAAAUAAUGAUAUAAACGAGUUAUUUGAGGAAAUGAAACAUAUUGAUAAAUCUCUCCAAAUUGAUGAAACAACGUGGGCAGAGCUACGAAAACAUAAAAAAUUAAUGGAAUUUUUAAAAUCACAUUGCCAACAAAGAUUGUAUUCUUUUCAGAAUUCUCUUAAUGAUGAUGAGGAAUUACAGUGGCAAACAGCACUUCAAGAUAACCUAUAUACCUGCGGAAGUCCAAUUUUAGAUGAAGAACAUCCAUUAUAUAAUACUCUUUUUGUUCGUGAACUUAUUUCUUGUAACUCACCUAUCGAAACAAACUAUUAUCUUUCUAUCGCGCCAAAUGAUCUUCUCUUGUCUGGAAUAUUGGAUAUUGAAAAUAUAAUUAUUCAGCAUGCACAAAUUAUAGAAGAAUUAGAAAAAAAGAAUUUAUGGAAUACAGUAAAUAAGCAAAUUCAACAUGUGAAAUUAAACAAAAGAUUAGUUGAAUUUAUUUUAGAA